AAUUAAUUAAUUAAUAUAUUUUUUUUGGACAUUUUUCAACCUUGUGUCAGCAAAGUCACAAAGUUUUAGUCCUGUGUAAUAACAUAAAUUAACAUUUUCAUUUUUCAAUAAGACUGAAUCCAAUAUUUGGUGAUAAUAUCUCAUAUAAAAAGGUUUACAAACGAUUUUUAAAAGGUCAGGUUUUUUUUUUUUUUUACCCAGAACAGCACAAGAAAUAAUAAUAAUAAAAAAGUAGAAAAUAUUUUUAGAAAUAAUUACAAUUAAUUUAACAAAUUUGUAGUUAAUUAAUUAAAUGAUUAAUUUUAUGGAAGGUUGUCAACCAUGUGAGAACAAAGUCACAAAGUUUUAGUCCAAACGUGAUCAUGUUAACUAGUAUUUCAGUUUUAUAAAACGUUAGAAAACAAUAUUUGGUGAUAAUAUCGCAUAUAAAGAGGUUUACAAAUGAUACAUUAAUUUAGAAGUUUGUCAACCAUGUGUCAGUUUUAGUCCAGUGUAAUAACAUAAAUGACCAUUUCCAUUUUUCAAAAAGACUGAAUCCGUGAUUUGGCGAUAAUAUCUCGUCAUGACGUAUUAGCAAGGAAUUCUGAGCGGGAAGGCCAGGUUUGAUGAAGGACUUCCUCUAGUAGCUCCUGAUGAAGAUGAUGAUGAUGAUGAAGAGACUAAAGCGCGGUGUGUCUGUCUGCUUUAACGGCCCGCAGCACACUAGAAGUCUGUCAUGAGAGUGACUCGGAGAGGAUAGAGACGCUCCCAUACCCUCGAACAUGCAGCAGCACGCAGAUCUGUGUGUGUGUGUGUGUGUGUGUGUGUGUGUGUGUGUGUGUGUGUGUGCUGCGAUCCUCAGAUGUUUUAAUGAGAUGAGUAGUGCGUGUAAAAGCGUGACGUUCCUGGACCUGGGUUUUGCAUGAACUUAGGCUCGAUGAAGAGGAGAAACGCAGCGAGCAGCGGAUGAAGAUAACAGGACAGCCUUUCAGUUCCUCGUGUCUGGAGCCGAAGAUGAAGUGAGGGGAAUCAGACACAAUCCACAGCAGGCUCUCAGGAUGUUCCAGAGGAAGAAGAAGAAGAAGAAGAAGAGGAGGCUGGAGAUCUCCACACCGAGGAACUUCGAGCACAGGGUGCACACGUCCUUCGACCCGGUGCAGGGCUGUUUCGUGGGUCUGCCGCCUCAAUGGCAAAGCAUUAUAGACACGCUCCGGAGACCCAAACCUGUGGUGGACCCCUGCAGCUUCACACAGGUGCAGCUCAGGCCCCAGAGGAGCAUUGUUCGCGGCAGCUUCAUCGGACACGAGGACUACAUUUCUGCGGCGAUCGCCGAGAUGAGUCGACUCUCUGUGUCCAGCUCGAACUCGUUGAGGAGAACCAGCCCGUCUUUAAGGAAACGAGCGCGGUCUCUGGGUCGUCUGGGGGAGGAAGCUGAAGGAGAGACUUACGAAUAUCAGGAGCUCAAUGAGGCUGAUCAGAGAAACGUCCAGUCGGUGUCAGACAGGAGCUCCAGAUCCAGAGCGGUCCAGAGCGAGAGCGGAUCCUCCACACGACCCCGAGCCAGGUCCGUGUUCAUGGGACAGACGGCGCUGAUGCCCCGGGACAUCUCACUGGUGUCUAACCCUGACCGUGAAGGACCCGGGGUCUCUGAACCCGAGCAGACGGCCGUCUGGAGUCAUGAUGGAGACAGACUGAACUCAGAUCAGCUCCAGAGGAGACCGCAGUCCACUUCUGACCUCACCGUGAAUUCAUCGGGAUUCCCAGCCAUUUCCAAACCCAAUGGCACUAGCAGUCCCAAACCAGGCCUUGUGACGCCGAGCGGUGACCCGAGAGCACGGCGUUCCUCUUCUCCCGUCAGAUCCCCGGUGACUCCAGCAUCGCCCAGCGGACACACACCCGUCACACACACACAGUUCAGAGCCGCGCUGCAGAUGGUGGUGGACCCCGGAGACCCUCGCCCCUCUCUGGAGAACUUCGUGAAGAUCGGCGAGGGCUCCACGGGUGUAGUGUGCAUCGCCCGAGAGAAGCAGAGCGGGCGGCAGGUCGCCGUCAAGAUGAUGGACCUCCGCAAACAGCAGAGGAGAGAACUGCUCUUCAACGAGGUGGUGAUCAUGCGAGACUACAGACACAGAAGCGUGGUGGAGAUGUUCCGGAGCGCUCUGGUGGGUGAAGAGCUGUGGGUGAUCAUGGAGUACCUGCAGGGCGGCGCUCUCACCAACAUCGUCUCACAGACCAGGCUAACAGAGGAGCAGAUUGCUACAGUGUGUGAAGCUGUUCUUCAGGCUCUCUGUUAUCUUCACGCUCAGGGCGUCAUACACAGAGACAUCAAGAGCGACUCGAUCUUACUGACGCUGGACGGCCGGGUCAAACUGUCCGACUUUGGAUUCUGUGCUCAGAUCAGUAAAGACAUCCCGAAGCGGAAGUCGUUAGUCGGGACUCCGUACUGGAUGGCGCCCGAAGUGGUUUCAAAGAAGCUGUACGGCACCGAGGUGGACGUGUGGUCUCUGGGGAUCAUGGUGGUGGAGAUGAUCGAUGGAGAACCUCCGUAUUUCAGCGAGACGCCGAUAGCAGCGAUGAAGAGACUGAGGGACGAGCCGGCGCCGACCGCAAGAAACAUCAGCACGAUCUCUCCGGUCCUGAGGGACUUUCUGGACUCGAUGUUGACCCGUGAUCCUCUGAAGCGAGCGAGCGCUAGAGAUCUGCUCCAGCAUCCCUUCAUGCUUCAGGCCACUUCUCCUCGCUGUCUGGUGCCUCUAGUGGAGCAGCACCGCAAGCGCAUGUCCCACUGCUGACCUAGGGGUCCCACAUCAGCACUGUGGACUGGGAAUGUUCCUGAUCUGCUGAAACACUUCCCACUGGAGACUCGCAGGAACAAUUCAUCCCAAACCCAUCAUCCUGUCGGCAUCCAUUCAGCUUAUUCUAAUGCAUCUGCACAGAAACUUUGACAUUGUGUUGUGUGUAAUAUAGACUGAGCUGCUGGGUUUAUUAAAGCCGUCUGAUGAUCCUUCUCAAUGUGCUGCAGGACAAUGAAUUAAAAGGUAAUUUGUGUCCUUAUUUCUUGCAAUUCUGAGGAAAAAAUCAUAAUUGUGAAACGUUAACUUACAAUUGCAAGACAAUAAAAAAAGGUAAUUAAAAAAAAAGUCAGAAUUGUGAGAUAUAUACCAGAAUUACAGUAAAAAUGUAAUUGUGAGAAAUAAGUCAGAAUUCUGAAAAAAUGUCAGAAUUGUAGGAAAAAAAUUGGAAUUGGGGAAAAGUGAAGUUAGAAUUGUUGGAGAAACAGUCAGAAUCGUCAGAUAUAAAGUUAGAAAUUGGAGAAAAAAUAUUUAUAUUGAGAGAAAAAAGUCAGAAAAAAUAGAAAUGUGAGAUUUGACAUUAGAAUUGCAAAAAAAGGGACUGUUAGGAAAACAAAGUGGAAUUGCGAAUAAAAAGAAGCCGGAAUUGCAAGAGAAAAAAUUUAAUUGCCAGAUUUAAACUCAGUAUUGCAAAAAAAAAAAAAAAAAAAAUGUAAUAAAGUCUUAAAAAAUUUAAUUGUGAAAUAUAGUCAGAAUUUGGGGAAAAAAAUUAUUUUAAGAUACAAAGUCAGAAUUGUAAGAAACAAAUAGAAUUGUGAGAUUUAAACUUAGAAUUGCAAAAUAAAUAAAAAAUGUAUUCCAAGAUAUAAAGUCAGAUUGCAUUUUUUUUAGAAAAUAUAAAUAAAAAAUAAAAUAAUUGGGAAAUAUGAAGUCAAAAUUCCAAGAAAAAAAAAAAGUGAAUAGUUAGAUAUAGUCAGAAUUGCGAGAAAUGAAUUAGAAUUGUGAGAUAUAAACUCUAAACUCUGAACUAAAAAAGUCACAAUUACCUUGUUUUAUUUUUUAUCCCCUGGCAGAAAUAAGUGACCAGUGCGAUGAAACCAGAAACAUAAUUUAUAAAUCAUGUUAACUUUAAAAUGUAACUUUUACUGUUGUACAGCUUUGGAUAAAAGCAUCUGCUAAAUAAUAUUAAAUGUUAUGAUUAAUGUGUCCAGGAAACUGAACUGGAGCUCUUCUGUAAACCAGCAGGCUGUGGAGAAGCUCAAUGCUGUUUUUAUUUUGUAUUCCAAGACUUUAAAAUGAUUUUUAUAAUUCAUAAACUGUCUGCAAUUGUGUUGUCAAAUCUGCUUCACAUUUUUAAUCAAGCAUUACAUUUACAAAAUGCAUUGGAGGUACUAUAUAAA